AUGUCUAGCUAAGAUUUAGAAGAAGGAGAAAUAUCAUUUUAAGAACCUUUAAAUAGCAAUAUUAAACGCGACUAAGAUGAUGCUGGGCAUUCUUCUGAUCUAGAAAGCUCUGUCCCCAAGAAAGUGAAGAAAAAAGGAAAGAAGAAGGAUAGCUAAACAGUUGAUUAGAGUAGUAGUUAGCAGAGAUAAGCAUAAAAUCAUUUGGAAUCUAGCGCAGAGAAAAAAAAGAAAAAAAAUAAUAAUAGUUCUAAGACACAAAAUUAUUAACAAAAGCAAAGUAAUAAGAAUGGAUCCUCAAACAGCUAAAAUGGCAAUUAAGAAACCCCAUAAUUUUAUUCAUCAAAUUACAAGACUGUACCUUGCGAAUUUUUAAAAAAGGGAUCAUGCGCUAAGGGAGCAGAUUGCACAUUUUCUCAUGACUUUGAAGUCAAAAAAUAGAAUACUAUAUGCAGGUUCUUUCUUGGAAAUUCUUGUGAAAAGGGUGAUUCUUGCUAAUUUUCCCAUUAAUUAGAAAACUAUCCAUGCAAGUUUUAUUUUACAAGAGAAUGUGACAAGCAUACAAUGUGUCCAUUCAGCCACGAAGAAUAUAGAUUUUUAUAGACUGACCAAGAAGCGUUUCAGUUUUUUGAUGAAAAUAGUUAAUUUUUUACUGAUCUAUUUAAGAAUUAAGGGAAUGUAGGUAAACUUAACAACAAAUAUUUAAAGUUUUUAGAAUAAAAGAGAUAGUAGUAAACUUAAAUUGACUAAGAAAAGAAUUAAAAUUUGCUUAUCCCUAGCUAAUUAAUGAGUGGUAAUGGUUCAGGCUAAAUCCAGAGCCCUUAGUAUCAGAAUUAGGAAAGAGGGAAAAUGCAGUAACCUUAUUAUAAUAAUAAUAAUAAUAAUAAUUAAUAUUCAAAUUAAAGUUAAAACUAAUACUCUUGGAAUCCUCCACCUCCACCACCACCCCACAUUAAUUCUCAUUUAAACUCAUAUAAUGAGCCUUAUUAGAAAGGAAAUAUGUAUAAUUAACCUCCUUAGUCUUAAUCUUAAGCUGAUAACGAAAGAAAAGCUGGAGAUAGGGGAUUUAAUGAUGAAUAUUAGGAAUAAUUUAAUUAAAAUUAGUAUUUCAAAAGUACAUCAAACAACAAUUUAAAUGAAAAGUAAAAUAAUUCAUUUAAUAAUUAUCCUUCAUCAAAUAAUCAAUAAGUCAAUAAUUCAUCUCCCAUGAAUCCUUAUUAUGGCAGUGGUAUUUAAAAAUAAAUGUAAGGAGGCAUAAAUUAACCACCUCCUCCUCCUCCACCUACUGGCUAUAACCCUCCUACUAAUCAAUUUAAAUAGCAAAUAAAACCUCCUCAAUAUAAUAAUCAAUUCGAGCAUUCUCAAUAAAAUUAACCUAAUUAUUAAUCAUAGAAAGUAGUUAAUUUAAAUAAGCAAGGGCCUCCUUUAGCUCCAUCUUCUUCUUCUUCAUCAUCUUAAUCAUCAAAUUCUAGAUUCCCUCUCCAACAAUAAAGUGGGAAUUUUGAUUAUCAAAAUCCUACCUAGUAAUACCAAAAUUAAUAACAGUAACCUCCACCUCCACCUCCUAACCCCUAAAUGUAUAAUAGCAAUAAUUCUUAAUAUAAAGGAAGCUAGCAAAUGUCUGUACCUCUACCUUCAAACUCUCAAUAACAAAGUAUGAAUAGCAAUUAAAAUUACAACACCAACUAUUAAGCACCCUAUAAUAAUAAUAAUUAAAGUAUCUACAAUAACAAUAAUUAGAAUAAUAAUUCAAAUUAAAAUAACUUUAACUAAUAUAGUCGAGAAAAUAACUAAAUUAAUAUAAAUAAUGGUUAACCUCCACCUAUGUAAAACAAUAACUAUAACAAACCUCCUUAGCAAAGUGUUCCUCCUCCUAUGUAAUAAAAACCUCCAAAUAUACCUUAUUAGAAUCAAUACAUGAGUAAUCAGGCCUCGUAAAGUAAGCUUACUCAAAAUAAUCCUCCUAUACCAAAUUAAUAGCCUCAGUACCAAAUGAAUAUAAACUAAAUAUCAAAUAACUCAAAUAAUUAGAGCAGUUCUAUCAGCAAUAGCUCUUCUUAAAUUAAUUAGCAAAAUAAGAUUAUUUAGUAAGGAAAUAAUUAGGGAAUUAAGUAAAAUUUGUAUGGAAGUAAUUAGAGUAUUCAACAAGGUACAUACUCAUCAUAGUCUAUAUAGGACUAGCAAUCAAAUUCAAAUAACUCAUUGCAACCUUAAUAAGAUUUCUUCCAAUCUUCUUAACAAAAUCCUUCACUUUAAAAUUACAACAACACUUCAAUGAUUAAAAAGGGAGGACCUUAAUAAUUGCAACCGCCAAAUCUUCCAUCAAUAAGUUAAAACAAUCUACCUAUUUAGAUGACUGCUUAAUAAACCAAAUUAUAUUAACCUCCCCCUCCACCACCUCCACCUAUUUAAAAUUAAUAGCAGCAACCUUAAUAAUAAAUUUAAAGUUCUCAAUCGUCUUAAAACUUUGGAAAUCAAAUGAAUAACUCCAAGAUACAAUAAAGUCAAAGUAUUUUAAAUGUUCCUAAAAAUAUAUCUAUCCCACAAAUCUAAAUGAAUUCGAUAAAAAUGAACCAAAAUAAUAUAAACACUAAUAUUCCACCUCCUAAUAUUACUACUCAAAGCUAUGAAGGUAAUAAAAUGUAGAAUAAUCAAAUCAAUAAUAACAACAACUUCAAUUAAUAAUCUCCAUCUCAAAGCAUUCCCAUACCAAACCCUAACUAAAAUUCUAGUCAGCUUAGAGGGUUCGAAAAUUUUGCACCUUCACCAUUUAAUAUAGAUGAUAGACAAAAAAUAUCUUAAAAUCAAGCCAAUAACUAAUAAUUUAACUUCAAAAAUAGACAAAAUUCUAGUCAAUCUUAUUAACAACAAAAUUAGCAGUAAUAAGGAUCUCAAUAAAAUAUUUCCCAACAAUCAGGGUUAUCAAAAGUAAACUCAUCUUCUAAUUAUCCUUAAAAUAAAAGAAUGAAUGAGAUAAGUGAUUAUAUAUAGCCUGAAAGCGAAGGAAACAAAAAGUUUUAAUAAUAAGAUGAUUUAUUUGAAACUGAAUAGGAUAACAAUCAGCAAGCCCCUGAUUAAUUCAAAAAGUAAAUGUAAGCAAUAGGUAUACUUUAAUAAAUGAAUGAAAGCAAAAAAGUAUCUGGUAAAAAAACUCCUAAUCAUGAAAAUUAGCAAGGUAGCACUUAGAGCUUGAGCUCAAUACUUGAAUAAUAAGGAAUAAAUAAGGGUAAUUAGUAAUAUUAGUUUGGAUAGAAUUACAAAGAUUAAGAUGGAGGACUAGUAAAUAGAAGUAAUUCAAACAGCAUGAUUAGAAAUGAGGAAAAAUAUGGGGGAAAUAGCAUGGAUAAUAUAUCAAAUUAUUAAUAAUCAUAAUAAUAAAAAUUGGUUUUAUAAGCUUAAAGCAAUGAAAAUAAAUCAAUAAAUAUGAAAGACCCUAGAUAGUUAAGGAAGCUUCAAGAAAAAUAAAAAACUGAAACAAAUAAUUCACUCUCAGACGUUUAAGUGAAUUUAAUGGAUAGAAUAAAAUAAUAAGAAUCUCAGGCAAGUACAUUAGCUUCUUUAGUAUAAUAAGAAAAUAAUGUACAAUAAGCAAUUAAAAAUGAAAGCAGAGUUAAACAGCCAAGUAUAGAUAAAAUUGUAAAUUAAAGGGAUAAUAAAUAUGAUAGCGAUGAUAGUUAGAUGUCAUCGUCAUAAUUAGUGUAUCUUAAAAAAAGAAAACUUACUCCUACUAAAUAAUAAGAAGAAGAUACAGGUGAAAAUUCACUUAAAAAAUUACUCAAAUCUGAUAAAUCUGAUGGUGAUUCUCAAUAAAAACCUUCUUAAAAGUAUUAGCAAAGACAAAAUUCUCAAAUAUAAAAUGAUAAAGAGUAAAGCAAUGUUCUAGGAAAUUCAAGCAGCAAAGUUUCUUUUUCUUCUCAAAUUAAGAAAUUACCUGUAGUAGACGUAACAGGUAUGGAUUAACCUUCUAGAUUAAUACAUAAGAUAAAGUCAUUUAUGCAGUUCUAACCUCAACAAGCUAUGAAUACAAAAACCAAUAAAUAAGAAGAAUAAGAAAAGAGAAAAUAAAAAUUAGAAAAAUUACAAUAAAGCUUGGAGAAAAUAGGAUCAAAACUCAUUUUCUAAUGA